AUGAAUUAAUAGUUUGCUCAUUUUAAUCUUGAAAAACUUGAUGAAACCUAUAGAGAGUUUACUUUGAGAUACUCAUGUGAAGAAUAUGAUGUAAAUAAAUGUAUAUAAAUAGGAAUUUACUUGUGUAAGAAAUAAUAAUGAAUUGCAAUAUUGUGCUCGUAAAUAUAAAUUGGGAAGCAUAAAUAACCCUAGGUUUUAAGCUUUGAGAAGAAUUAAGCUUUACAAUAUCCUACCUGUGUUUGAUAUCUUUUUAGACUCAUAAACUAUAGUGGCAUAAGAUGUAGAAAAGUUUUCUUUAGAGAAUAAUAUGGAAGACUUGACAGAAGAGCAAAAAAUAUAUUUAGCUACUAUAAUUAGCAUUAGUAAAUAUGUUCAUUAAUUUCUAGCUUUACAGGAAUUAGCAUAUAGAGGAUUUCCAUUUAUUAUCACAGAAAGAAGUGUUAUAAUAUUAGAAAAUCAUAUAUGUUUAUAAUCAUUAGACUUUAACUUUGAUAGAGAAGUGAUAGAACAAGAAAGUUUUGAUAGUUUUAAAAAAUUAAGUAAGAAUCAAAAUCUAUGAAUUUUUUAGUGAUUAAAUUAUUUGGUGAUUUUCUUGAAAUCAACUUUGAAUGUUCAACUAAUUAUUUUCUAAUGUUAAACAAUGUAUAUCUUGGCCCAAGUGAAAAUAUGCCCUAUGUUGAAUUAUUAGAUUAAAUAUUUGAAUUUACAAAUGUGGCUACUCUUGCUUCAGCAGCAUCAAAUUCAUAUGUUUAUGAAUUUGAUACUCCAGAAUUUAUGAAAACUAUCCCUAAUAUAAGCUAAAGAACAGUUUUAAAAUCAGUAAAAUUGGAUUUAAGUGAUACUAAUUAAGAUUAUAUUUUAACCUCUUCUUAAAGAGAAUUAGAAAUAAUGGAAAAUUUCAAAAAAUAUGAACCAUUAGUUGCUUGCUAUGCAUAUUUUAGAAUAUAAAAAUAACUUUAUAUCUUUAUGGAAAGAUAUCCUUAAGUACUUUCAAAUAUGCUUGAAGGUAUUGAUGAGGAUAGACAUUGCAUUCAGAUUUGUUGGUAAUUAGCAGUAGGUAAUUACAUUUAUAAAUAAUGUUAGCUCUUAAAUAUCUUCAUUAACAUUAAAUAAUUCAUCGAGAUUUAAAACCAGGAAAUUUAUUUCUAUCUCAUGAAAAUCUAGAUAGAGCAAGACUUUUAAUUGCAGACUUUGAUAGAUCUAGAUUAUCAUAAUGGUUAACAUAAUCAAUCACUUAAUAGAAGGAAUCAGGUAAUAUAUAUAAUGAUUUAUAGAAUAAAAAUAAUAAGAUUAAAUUGGAAAAUUAAAUGAACUUUCACCAAAAUCAGUAUUAGGUGCUACUCCUUGUUAUGAUCCUCCAGAAGCUGGCACUAUUGAUUAUGAUUAGAGUGCAGAUAUUUGGUAAGUCGGAAUGAUAAGUAUAAUUCAAUUUUAUUAAUAUAGUGUUUUAGAUUGCAAAUAAAGGUGAAUAUCCAAUAAAAAUGACAGGUCAAAAUUUUUCUAGGUAAUAAUACCAAAGUAAUUUUACUAAAGAAUUAAUUAAGAAAUAAUUAAGUCAAUAUCAUGUUAAUGAAUAAUUUAUAGAUAUAAUUGCUAAAUGUUUAUCUUUUAAUAGAAAAGAUAGACCAACUUCUUGUUAAUUAGUUAAUGAAUUAUAAAUAUGUUUUGAAGAAAUCAAUCCAGAUACAGAAGAAAAUUUAAUUUCUUCUCAUAAUUUAAGUCAAAUAGGAAGAUAUGGUUAAUUAAUCUCUUCAACAAGAACUUUAAAAAUGCUUAACUCCUAAGAUUUAUGA